UUUACAAAAACAAAUUAUGUACAUCCUCUUAUCGAAAAAUUUUCACACCUGAUUUUUGGUACUUAAAACUUAAUGAUCCUGCUCAAAGCCUUUGCAAUAACGGUGGUAUUGGUGAUGCUGGUCCUUCUUAUCAUCGUGCUGCUCACCACCACAAACUUCUUCGGCAAAAAGUUGAACCCAAACGACGAUCUACUUAAAAACUCCCUUGCCAUCGUCAAGGUCGCCCAGUGGGGAGGCAGACCACCCAAGAUAGAGCUCGAUCCUCUAGAACUCCCGGCACAUCGAGUAAUCAUAUCCCACACAGCCACCAAUGGCUGUGAUUCACUGGAAAUCUGUUCAGAACGGGCGAGGGAGAUCCAGAAAUUCCACAUGGACAGCUCGGGCUGGGACCAAGUUGGUUACAACUUCAUGGUGGGCGGGGAUGCGUGGGACUACCUUGGAGCCCACACCAAGGGCUACAAUCACUAUAGCAUAGGAAUCUCCUUCAUUGGAACCUUCACUAAGGAGAAACCGGAGGGUCUGCAGCUAAAAGCAUGUCAACUACUGAUGGAGGAGGGUGUCCAUCUCAAGAAGUUGGAUCCCAACUACAAACUCUUCGGACAUCGGCAACUGAGCGACACCAAGAGUCCCGGGGAGAUGCUCUACAAGAUAAUCCAAACUUGGGCCCACUGGUCGACUGAUAUUUCAGGCCAAGAGAAUAUUGGCAACGGUUUGUUUUUGCGCAUUGUGGACCGUCAAGUGUGGCUUGCCCAGCCACCAGAGAAGAAGAUUCUGCAUCUGAAGGUACCUGUGAGUUUGGUAAUUGUGAUGCACACCAAUUCGGAUAGCUGCACCACCCAGGCGACAUGCGUCUUCCGGGUGGGCCACCGGCAGACCUACGACAUUGAGUCGGUGCACGAGGAUGACAUCGUGUUCAACUUCCUCAUUGGCGGCGAUGGCAACGUCUAUGUGGGACGGGGUUGGGAUCAGGUGGGCGCCCAUAUGUCCAGGAUCAUAGGAUCCUUUCACACGGAAAAGCCGUCGUCCAAGCAGCUCAGCGUGGCCCGUCUCCUGCUGGAGAAAGGGAUAGCUCUGGGAAAGAUCGCCCCGAACUACCGGGUGACGGGAGCCAGCAUCCUGGAUCCCAGUGUCACUGCAUACCAGGCUGAUGCUCUCUACAAAAGCUUUAGUAACUGGCCUAAUUGGUCUAAUUAGGUCUCUAAAUAAAUGGAAUAUUUAAUGAAAUAAAAUAGUGAAGAGAAUGAAAUUAUA